UUCGCUGUACAGUGUUCAUGUGUGCAUUAGUUUAUUUUUGCAUUUUCUGCUAGUAAAAUUGUAUUUCACUGCGAAUAUUGGGAGUGAAUCACGAAAAUGUUAAGUCUCCGAGCAUACGCCAGUGGAAGUAGCAGCAACAGCAGCAGCGAUGACGAUUCAGACCAGGAAGAUCAACUGCAACCGGUGGCUUCGAGUAGCAAAGCAUCCAGUGCAGCCAAGGAAGAGGAACUUGCACAUCUCAAACCGAUCACGGACAGUUCAAUGUCGGUGGCAAAAUCCCUGCAAGUCUGUGCUGCACCGGUGGUCGUUCCAACGGAUCAAACGGAAGUAUCCCGAAUGAUAGCCCCUAGUGUGACGGAACUCAACUACAAUCCACGUUAUGAAGAACUGUUUGCUCCGGUAGCUGGUCCGGUCAAUCCAUUCUUAACGGAACAAAUGAGAGCCCAAAAGAAUACGUUGACUGGUUUCGUUGAGAAAGCCCACAUAAGCGAUUUCCAGUUUGACAAUCAACGCAAAACCUUCCACAGUUACGGGUAUGCACUGGAUCCUUCGGUUGAUACGAACAUCACAGCUGAUGGAGAUGAGGGGCCUAGUUACGUAGGACACUUGCAAGCUGCGUACGAUACAGAUGGCAAAACCGUGUUCGAGUCGUGCAAACCGAAUCGAACGGGGGACAGAAGAAAACGAGUCAAGAACACUGAUCCGGCUGACGUGGAAGGUUUCCUAGGACCGUGGGGAAAGUUUGAAGAUGAGGAAACUAUUGCACGUCCCAGCGACCAGGAACGUGUUGAGAUCGAAGAGAUGAUGGCCAAAAAGCAGCGCAGAAACCGUGUCACCGAGGAUAAGCCGAUUGAAGAGAAAUCGGUUCUGCACAUCAAGGACUCUGUCGAUUAUCAGGGUAGAUCAUUCCUGCAUCCACCGCAUGAUUCUGGAGUUAAUUUGCGGAAGAGUAGCGCUCCAGAUCGGUGCUUCCUCCCGAAGGCUCACAUUCACACGUGGACCGGACACACGAAGGGAAUCUCUGCCGUCCGAUGGUUUCCUGUAUCUGCACAUUUGUUGCUUUCCUGUAGCAUGGAUGCGCGUAUCAAAAUCUGGGAAGUCUACAACGAGAGAAGAUGCGUUCGGACUUACUCAGGUCAUCGGCAGGCAGUUCGGGACGUUAGCUUCAACAAUCGGGGUGAUAGGUUUGUUUCGGCCGGAUACGAUCGCUAUCUGAAACUGUGGGACACGGAAACGGGCGAUGUCAUAUCGAGAUUCAGCUCCCGGAAAAUUCCGUUCUGUGUCAAGUUUCAUCCGGAUUUCAAUAAGCAGCAUUUGUUCGUAGCUGGAACGUCGGAUAAGAAAAUUAUUUGCUGGGACACCCGCAGCGGUGAAAUUGUUCAGGAAUAUGACAGGCAUUUGGGUGCUGUAAAUACCAUCACUUUCGUGGACGAGAAUCGCCGCUUCGUCACCACAUCGGACGACAAGAGUUUACGAGUUUGGGAAUGGGACAUUCCGGUGGAUAUGAAGUACAUUGCCGAUCCCACGAUGCAUUCGAUGCCGGCAGUUACGCUUUCGCCGAACGGAAAGUGGUUGGCGUGUCAAAGUUUGGAUAACAAGAUUGUCAUCUUUUCGGCAAUCAAUCGAUUCAAAAUGAAUCGUAAAAAGACCUUUACCGGUCACAUGGUGUCCGGUUAUGCGUGCAACUUGGACUUUUCGCCCGAUAUGAGUUACCUAGUGUCGGGAGAUGGCGACGGGAAGUGCUACAUUUGGGACUGGAAGACGACCAAGUUAUAUAAGAAAUGGCAAGCACACGAUAACGUUUGUAUUGCAGCGCUUUGGCAUCCGCACGAAGCCAGCAAGCUUGUGACGGCUGGUUGGGAUGGAGUAAUUAAAUAUUGGGAUUAGAAUGUGGACGACAAUGUGUGAGUAUGGUAAUCUUUAUGCUCCAAUACA